AUGGCCAAGUCACUGCAAUCGCUUUCUAAGUUACUUGUAACGGUGGGCAGUAAUGUCCAAGCGAAAACCUUUGCAGCCGCUGCAAGCGUACCCCAGACAAGAAACUAUUCCAAAGGUGGCAACAGAAUUAAAGUGGCUAACCCUGUAGUAGAGCUUGAUGGAGAUGAGAUGACAAGAAUCAUCUGGGAGAAGAUCAAGGAGAGACUGAUCUUCCCCUAUGUUGAUGUGGACUGCAAGUACUAUGACCUUGGGUUACCCUACAGGGACCAGACCAAUGACCAAGUCACCAUCGAUGCUGCAGAGGCCAUCAAGAAAUACAAUGUUGGCAUUAAGUGUGCAACAAUCACACCUGAUGAGCAGCGAGUUGAAGAAUUCAAACUGAAGAAGAUGUGGCUCAGCCCAAACGGAACAAUCAGGAACAUCCUGGGUGGGACGGUAUUUCGUGAGCCAAUCAUUUGCAAAACUAUACCACGUCUGGUUCCUGGCUGGACCAAACCCAUUGUGAUUGGUCGUCAUGCUCAUGGUGACCAGUACAAAGCUACAGACUAUGUGGUUCAGAACGAGGGACUGCUGGAGCUUGUCUUCACUCCUGCUCAAGGAGGGCAGCCAGUCAGGAUGCCUGUGUUCAACUUCAAGAAGGGUGGAGGUGUUGGACUGGCCAUGUACAACACCGAUGAGUCCAUCACUGGAUUUGCGCAUGCCUGUUUCCAAUAUGCCCUGAUGAAAGGCCAGCCACUCUACAUGAGCACCAAGAACACCAUUCUCAAGAAGUACGAUGGAAGAUUCAAGGACAUCUUUCAGGAGAUCUUUGACAAAGAAUACGCGGGAGAGUUUGACAAGAAAGGCAUCUGGUAUGAGCAUCGCUUGAUAGAUGACAUGGUUGCCCAGUGCUUGAAGUCAUCAGGUGGUUUUGUGUGGGCAUGUAAGAACUACGAUGGAGAUGUCCAGUCUGAUAUUGUUGCUCAAGGCUAUGGCUCCCUGGGGCUGAUGACCAGUGUCCUGGUGUGUCCAGAUGGCAAAACUAUUGAGGCUGAGGCUGCCCAUGGAACGGUCACUAGACAUUACAGGGAACAUCAGAAAGGUAACCCCACCAGUACGAACCCCAUCGCCAGCAUCUAUGCCUGGACACGGGGGCUGGAGCACCGAGGCAAGCUGGAUGGCAACACUGAACUUCAGCAGUGGGCCUUGAAGUUAGAAAAGGCAUGUGUUGACUGUGUGGACAAAGGCAAGAUGACCAAAGAUUUGGCCGCCUGUAUAUAUGGUCUUAAAAAUGUCAAACCAGAGCAUUACCUCUACACCAUGGAUUUUCUGGAUGCUAUCGCAGAGGAAUACGACAGAGCAAACUAG